GAAAGAGUUGAGAUGCAUGUGGAUGCUCAAGUACCAAUGGAAGAGCAGAAUAGAGAAGCAGGCCCACCAAAGGAUGAAACAAUAAAGGUGUCACAUGUGUCUGAAAUGGUUGGCUUGCAUGACAAUGCUCAAGAACCAAAUGAAGAGAUAAAUGUUGAAUUCAACCUACCUAAUGGUAUGCAUGCAGUAGCUUUUAUUUUUAAAAAUCUUGAAAUAUACUUAGCCAACCAAAAUAAUCAAAAGAAGUUUGAAGUAGUCCAACAUCAAGGGGAUGCAAAAAGCGUAAUUGAAGUGUCAAAUGUACAUGUGAACUGCACAACUGGUGAUAUAAUGGACGUCCCUUAUCCUUAUUUUACUGAUUUAUGUCAAAAUGGAUAUUUAUGGAGAGUAAAAGCUCGAUUGGUAAGGAUGGUAGAAGUGACUAAUCCGCUUCUACCUUCCGUGACGCUUAGAUUGAUCUUACUUGAUGAACAGGGUCAUGCCAUGGAGGCCAUUGUAUGGCCCGAAGAAGUAGCCUACUUUAAAGAACAUCUUUACGAGGGUAGGGUCUACUUUUUAAAAUCUGUGGAGAUUAUGGAAGCUGAUGAAAAGUUUAAAUUAGUCCCGUACUGCUACAAGAUGUCUUUCACUGAUGACACAAGGGUAGAACACUACGUGUUCAAAUGUGAUAGAAUCCCUCUUCAUUGGGAUUUCAGUAUAAAAUUACGAGACAUCCACCAUUUCACCAACAAGUAUGAGCAAUUGAUAGAUGUGGUUGGAUUGGUUGUUAACGUCACAGAAUGUCGAAUUGCUGGAAAACGAAAUUCUAGGGUUAGAGAUGUGGUGUUACUUGACCCAAGUAUGACGUUUGUUCGGCUUUCUUUAUGGAAUGAAAUAGCAACAAGAGAAGGGACGCGUAUGCUUGAUGAUCUGAAUAGUAAUAAUAUUUUAUUUGCUACGGGAAUGAAGGUCGAAGACUUUGACGGUCCGUACCUUACCACUUGCAUGAAGAGCAAACUAUAUGUGAACCACUCAUUUCGUACUGAUGACAUUCCUAAAUGGUAUAAUGUAAAGAUGGUUGUGAAAGACUCCACUGGCUCAAUGGAGCUCUUGGUGAAGGACACAAGGGCGGAAUUUAUCUUGCGAUGUGUACCAUCCGAUUUGAAGAAGUUAAUGUUAAAGGAAAAUGGAGUGCAGAUACUUAAAAAAUAUCUUGAGCAAUUUUAUGGACGUGCGUAUGUGUUUAUUAUUCCUGCUCCACAACUUAUGUACCAUGAACAUUGUGCCUCUGUGGUAACCUUCGUGUUAAAAGUUGAUUGGUCAGAAGAAUGUUUGCACAUUUCCAAAGAAAUGUCGAGGACUGGCAAAGAACCAAUGAGAUUAUCGUGAAAACAUCGUUGUUAAAGCAUUGUGGAAUGGUCCAAUAACAUUUUAGUCAAUUUAACUUUAUUGGAUUUUUAUUACGCGUGUUGCGUGAUUUAUGAAUUUUCAACAAAUUUUACCUAUGCUUUGCUUAUUUUAUUUUAUAUGAAUUUACUUUG